AUGCCAGGGCCAGCUAAUAAAUCAGGGUGCCAGAAGAGAAAGGAGAAGAAGAAGAGGGAGCUGGCAAGGGCUUUAGACCCAAACAAAAUUCGACUGACCAACUUUUUUCAGUCAGCUCAGAAACCUGUCAGUGCUCCCAGUCAGGCUAACGAUAGCCAGGAGGCUAUUAGCGAGAGAGCCACCACCAAUUGCGUUUAUGUGAAUGUAGAUCUGACCUUGGUGGAGGAGAGGGAUCUGGUGAAAUACCUCAAACUUAUCCAAAGUCGGAAGUUAAUGAAGGGCAUCAAAGAAGGACUUGUUACUCUUAAUAUGGAGUUGGUCUCUGUUCCUGAUCCAAGUGCUCCAAGUUCCCCAACUCCAUGGUCUCCAAACACAACAUUCCAGCCUCCAAAUCAGCUGUUGCCCAGCCCUCCAAGCACUGCCCCAAGCACAUCAAGCGCUUCACAGCCUGGCGUACCAUGGCAUGUUGACUUUCGUCUCAACUGGGACCAGGUGUCAUCAGCCAUUCGGCUUAGAGUGGAAAAAGAAGAAAGACCAUUGCCAGACGAGAGAAAGGCCUUCGUGGUCGUGCUUGUGGACCAAAUGAUGCAGCACGACCGCAACCCAACCAGAGCCAUGUGCCACAGCGUUGUGAGAAACAUUGUCAGGAGCAAUCCAAAAUCAUUUGGCGACAUUGGCAAGCACGGUGAUACUGCUGGAGACGGAUGUCACUCUCUUUUGCAACAAGUAAAAACGAGAGUGGAGAACAAAAAUAGGAAUAAUACUCUUGCUCAACGCCACAGAGAAAGAAGACCGUGCACGGGAAUGGCAGGAGAGGCCAGACUGGCAAGAGGUCCUGUUGACCAAUACGGGGGUGUCAGGUGGGGCCCAGCAGAUUGGCCAGAGGGGGAGACCGAGGCAACUUUGGAGAACAUGAAGAGGGAUCUGCUGAACAUUUACUCAGAGGAAGGAAUGACUGGGGCAGAGAGAGCAGAACCAAUGAUGGAAAAGACAUACGUCAUCCUGCGGAAAUACCUUAAAGUGCCUGCUGCAGCGAUGUCUGAGAUCAAACAGGAAUGGACAUUUCUCUUCUCUCAGAAAUGCCUAUUCUCACACUUUGGCCUCCUGACGGACGUCGAUGUCCUUCAGAAGCUACAGGAGGCAAUUAGUCGACGAGGACAGACCAUCCUGGAUUACUGUGCAACACUGGACGACCCCAAGAUCCGUGAUGUUCUGGCCUGCUAUGAUCCAGACUCUGACAAGGCUGCCUGCAUCCUGCUGCUCCUAAUGUUGUACUUCAAAGAGCCGAAAGAUUUUGAUCCAUGUGCCACUGCUGUGGACGUCAAUACUGCAGAACUCCCCAGCACCCCCUGCUUGAUCAUUCAAGGUGACAUGAUGAAGCCCUCUGGAUGGCUUAUAUCCAUCGAGGGACAUGUCGUGAUGGGCCCACACCCUUUCUUUUUACACAGAGUAGCUGCUUUCUUCAGCAGCUAUUACGUCUUCAACCUUGAGUAUCCUGCCGCUGGAUCGUCGACGCUGGAGUUCAUUCAAAGGUGCUUCCUGGGCAUCAAUCCUGAAAGAGGCUCAAAGACCAAGAAGUGGACAACAAUGAACCCUCAUGUGAGCACCCUUUUGAGGAAACUUAUUGACUUUGAGUGGGCAUCAUAG